UGCUGCUGUCCAAGCGCUGGGCUAUCUGGUCAGUCGCCGUCUCCGUCUGCGUGUUUACCGUCUUGUCAAUGAUUGACUAUCGGCUCAAGUGGCCAAGCCAGUUGGGGGGCACAGCACUUUGUCAGGGUCUUGCAGCCAUGGUGAGGCUGCCGCUCUCAGCUCUCCUGUCUCUGGGCCUUGUGCUUUUGUGCCAGGCGCCUGCCAGCGUGACGUGCCACACCAGAGGAAGGGACAGCAGCAGGCUGAGAUCUCAUCGAAGUGUCCAGUCACCGAACCCCAUCAACUGUGUCUUGGGACCCUGGUCUGCAUGGACCCCGUGUCCCCCAUGUGAAAGCGAGCAGUACCGGCACCGCCGCCUGCAACAGCCCGCCAAGUAUAAAGGGCAGUCCUGCAUGGGUACCAGGUGGGACACGGCCGCCUGUCCGGGACCCCCCUGCAAUCCUGUCAAUCUCUGUGGGGAGAAGUUCAUGUGUGAGGAGUCGGGUCGCUGUAUUGACCGCCAGAUGGUGUGCAACAGGGAGGAAGACUGCCUGGAUGGUUCUGAUGAGAGACAUUGUCUCUACGAAGAGGAAGAGGAGGAUGACAGCUUCUGUCAAAGUCUCUUUCCCAUCCCUGGCGUGGAACAGUUGGUCCUGGGAUACAACGCCCUCACCCAGGAGUUUCAGUUCAGUGUCCUCGACCCCAAAUACUCGGGUGGCCGAUGUGAGUACGUCUACAAUGGCGACUGGCGCCAGCUGAGCUACGAGCCGUUCUGUGAGCGCAUGUACUACAGUGACGACGAGAAGUACUUCAGGAAGCCCCACAACCUCCACUCUUACAGCUUCCAGGCGCAGGCCAGCAAUGGGAUGUCCACUGAGUAUUACGACAACGUAAAUGAGUUGUUGAGGGCUCUCGGAAAUGAAAACUCAAACCAGUUUGGAUUCUCCUUUGGCAUCGCCAACGUCGAACUGGGGUUUUCAUUCCAGAAUGAUGAGAAGACACUGAAGAACGUCACGGACUACCUGGAGCAGAACGUGGGCUUCAUUCGCAUGCAGACCAGGGUGGAGACGGCCCAGUUCACCAUGCGGAGCCAAGACCUGGUCCUGGACGAGACGAUGCUACAGUCGCUGCACAGGCUGCCCGAGGACUACGACCCUGGCCAGUACCUGCACUUCAUCAAUGCCUACGGCACCCACUACGUGACGACGGGCACCCUGGGAGGCGUCUAUGAGCACAUCGUUGUGGUGGACGCUGAGGCAAUGAAGCACGAGGAGGUGGACUUUAAAGAGGUGGGCUUCUGCUUUGGUGUGAAGUUGCAGGUGCCACUGGAAAAGAGCGGGAAAGUAAAUGCAGGUGUGGGGGCCAACUUCUGUGAUACUGACAGUGGAAGAUUGACAGAGAAAGCCAAGAAGUCCAAGGCCAUUAAAGACAUCCUCAAUCGAGUCCGUGGUGGCAACCUUGCCCAGAGCAGCUCCGUCACCGCCAGAAGUGCAGAGGCCUUCAGGGAGUGGGGGCGCACCCUGGCAUACAGCCCAGCGCUCAUUGACUUUCAGAUCCUGCCAAUCUAUGAGUUGCUUCGAUUCACCAACAUAAACUCCAUUGAGAAGAAGACUGCCAACCUGCGGCGGGCGUGGGACGAGUACAUGGCGGAGAACAACCCGUGCCGCUGCGGCCCCUGCCAGAAUAACGGAGAGCCCCUCCUUCAAGGGACCACUUGCAAGUGUGUGUGUCCGUCCGGCUCCAGCGGGGAGGCAUGUGAGGAGACGAACAGGAAAGGGCCGACUCAUGGAGCCUGGAGCUGUUGGUCUCAGUGGUCCACCUGUCUGUCUGGAAUGAGGAGCCGAAGUCGACAGUGCAACAACCCGGUGCCCAGCAAUGGAGGGCACAACUGUGUGGGGCGGAGCGGGCAGAUGAGGUCCUGCUAGCAGCGGGCUGCCACUGAAUGAGCAGAGGAGCUCGUCGGGGUUGAGAUUCUCACUUUACGUGUGUCUGUUUCACUGUUAAUGUCUAUAUAGCGCCUUUCCUGUUGGGCAUCAAGGCAGCCUAAAUAAACAGACUUGUAUGCCAACCUCCUGUUUGCCAUCCUGCAUGUCAA